CGGAGGAGAGGAGGAAGGAGGCGGACUCUGAGCCCGGGCCCCAUUCAUUGCCGCGGCCGGCCGGGCGGGGGUUCGGUAUUUUCCGAGUUAUGGAGGCGCUAAUUCCUGUAAUCAACAAGCUCCAGGACGUAUUCAACACGGUGGGCGCCGACAUCAUCCAGUUGCCUCAGAUCGUGGUGGUGGGAACGCAGAGCAGUGGAAAGAGCUCAGUGCUAGAAAGCCUAGUGGGGAGGGACCUGCUUCCCAGAGGCACUGGUAUUGUCACCCGGAGACCUCUCAUUCUGCAGCUAGUCCAUGUUUCACCCGAAGAUAAACGAAAAACGACAGGAGAAGAAAAUGACCCUGCUACAUGGAAAAACUCAAGACACCUUUCUAAAGGGGUUGAAGCAGAAGAAUGGGGUAAAUUUCUUCACACCAAAAACAAGCUUUACACAGAUUUUGAUGAAAUUCGACAAGAAAUUGAAAAUGAAACAGAAAGGAUUUCAGGAAAUAAUAAGGGAGUAAGCCCUGAACCAAUUCAUCUUAAGAUUUUUUCACCUAAUGUUGUCAAUCUGACACUUGUGGAUUUGCCAGGAAUGACUAAGGUGCCUGUAGGCGAUCAACCUAAGGAUAUUGAGCUUCAAAUCAGAGAGCUCAUUCUUCGGUUCAUCAGUAAUCCAAAUUCCAUUAUCCUCGCUGUCACUGCUGCUAAUACAGAUAUGGCAACAUCAGAGGCACUUAAAAUUUCAAGAGAGGUAGAUCCAGAUGGUCGCAGAACCCUAGCUGUAAUCACUAAACUUGAUCUCAUGGAUGCGGGUACUGAUGCCAUGGAUGUAUUGAUGGGCAGGGUUAUACCAGUCAAACUGGGAAUAAUUGGAAUAGUUAACAGGAGCCAGCUAGAUAUUAAUAAUAAGAAGAGUGUAACUGAUUCAAUCCGUGAUGAAUAUGCUUUCCUCCAAAAGAAAUACCCAUCUCUGGCCAAUAGAAAUGGAACAAAGUAUCUUGCCAGGACUUUAAACAGGCUACUGAUGCAUCACAUCAGAGAUUGCUUACCAGAGUUGAAAACAAGAAUAAAUGUUCUAGCUGCUCAGUAUCAGUCUCUUCUAAAUAGCUAUGGUGAACCUGUGGAUGAUAAAAGUGCUACUUUACUCCAGCUUAUUACCAAAUUUGCCACAGAAUAUUGUAACACUAUUGAAGGAACUGCGAAAUAUAUUGAAACUUCAGAGCUAUGCGGUGGUGCUAGAAUAUGUUAUAUUUUCCAUGAGACUUUUGGGCGAACCUUAGAAUCUGUUGACCCACUAGGUGGCCUUAACACUAUUGACAUUUUGACUGCCAUUAGAAAUGCAACUGGUCCUCGUCCUGCUUUGUUUGUGCCUGAAGUUUCAUUUGAGUUACUGGUCAAACGGCAAAUCAAACGUCUGGAAGAGCCCAGCCUCCGUUGUGUGGAACUGGUUCAUGAAGAAAUGCAAAGGAUCAUUCAGCACUGUAGCAAUUACAGUACACAGGAGUUGUUGCGGUUCCCUAAACUUCAUGAUGCCAUAGUUGAAGUAGUGACUUGUCUUCUUCGUAAACGGUUGCCUGUUACAAAUGAAAUGGUCCAUAACUUAGUGGCAAUUGAAUUGGCUUAUAUCAACACAAAACAUCCAGACUUUGCUGAUGCUUGUGGGUUAAUGAACAAUAAUAUAGAGGAACAAAGGAGAAACAGGCUAGCAAGAGAAUUACCUUCAGCUGUAUCACGAGACAAGUCUUCUAAAGUUCCAAGUGCUUUGGCACCUGCCUCCCAGGAGCCCUCCCCUGCCGCUUCUGCUGAGGCUGAUGGCAAGUUAAUUCAGGACAGCAGAAGAGAAACUAAAAAUGUUGCAUCUGGAGGUGGUGGCGUUGGAGAUUGUGUUCAAGAACCAACAACAGGCAACUGGAGAGGAAUGCUGAAAACUUCAAAAGCUGAGGAGUUACUAGCUGAGGAAAAAUCAAAACCAAUUCCAAUUAUGCCAGCCAGUCCACAAAAAGGCCAUGCUGUGAAUUUGCUGGAUGUGCCAGUUCCUGUUGCACGAAAACUAUCUGCCCGUGAACAGCGAGACUGUGAAGUUAUUGAACGACUCAUCAAAUCUUAUUUUCUUAUUGUCAGAAAGAAUAUUCAAGACAGUGUGCCAAAGGCAGUAAUGCAUUUUUUGGUUAAUCAUGUAAAAGAUACUCUUCAGAGUGAGUUAGUAGGACAGCUGUAUAAAUCAUCCUUAUUGGAUGAUCUUCUGACUGAAUCUGAGGACAUGGCACAGCGCAGGAAAGAAGCAGCUGAUAUGCUAAAGGCAUUACAAGGAGCCAGUCAAAUUAUUGCUGAAAUCCGAGAGACUCAUCUUUGGUGAAGAGAACUAUGUAAUACUGAGACUUCACUGACUUGCUAGUUAACUGCCUACUUGAGUAGAAUUUUAUUUAUGAACUCCUAUGUAUUGCAAUGGUAUGAAUCUGCUCAUGUGAAGACUGGCUAUAAACUGAAAAUUAUACUCUGUAUUGCAGAACGAAUCACACAUUUAAUCCAAAUAAUAAAUGGCUGUUUCUAAAAUUUCCUAGUAUAUAUAAAAUACAUCAUCUGUCUUGUGACAGUUUCAUCUGAACGUAAAAAGAACUGUUAAUCGUUCUAGUUGUACAAGCAGUUUGUCUGUGGAUGAGAUGACCUGUGUAAUCUGCUAGUAGUCUUAAAGCUGCUGCCAUAGCCCUUCAAGAAGAAUGCACCAAGACACCAUGUCAUAUGACUAUAAUGCAUGCACUAUUAUUUAAACCGAACUGGCUUUGAAAGAGGUGGGUUGACAAGUUACUCAGUAGAGUCAGUCAUCUGUUCCACCUGUUCUUUGAUUUAGUUUUAUUGAGCUUCUCUGAAACAUUUGAUGUGUUUGUAAGAAAGCUGAACACACAAGAGGAUCUGUAACAUUGACAAUGAUGUGAUGUGCAUAAUGUGUAGCUACAGUCCUUGCACUUCUGGGUCCACAUUCCCCUGGUGCGUUAAAAAUUACAAUAUCUUCGAUCUUA